AUGGCGCACGUCGUCGGAUCCGAUCGCCGCGACGACAGUCGUCGAUUCGCCUCUGCGAUUCAUUUACGAGCUGUGCUGGACGGUGGUGAGUGCUGGACGGUGGUGCACGGCGACCUGCCACCCGCGCGGAUCCCAGCCGCGCUGCAGUCCGCAGGCCUUCCCCUUCCGCCCUCUGCCUCCCUCGACGCGGGCGCAGGAACUGCCGCGGACCAGCGUGCGGCGGAUGAGCAGUCCCCGCCUGCCCCAGAUGUGCCCUCCCUCCUGGCCGACACUGUGGCUCAGCUGGCGUUCGAGACCAAGUGGCUGGCGUCCAAUGGGGUCGAGGAGCUGCUGUGGGAGGCGGAGCUGAUCAAGAUGGAGCCCUCGGAGCUCAAGAAGAAAUGUGUAAGCCGUCACUGCCAAUCCACACCCACGCCCCCCUCUCACCUUCUCCCACCUCUCUCCCCCCCACCCCUCCACCCUCCUCUCCCGCCCGCUAGCCUGUUCUUUUCCGCCUUCACGUCCAUUCCCUGGUGCGUGCAAGUGGACCCUCACUCACUUGAUAUCACCAUACUGAGUCAGAAGGGCCCUCUAGGACUCAACUCACGAUCAGCCAGUGCUGUGGUGGAUGCUGUAAAGCGCGCUGCCGCGGACGGCCAGCGCGGCCCCGCCGACGACCCGGGCGCUGACGCGGACGGCCAGCGCGGCCCCGCCGACGACCCGCGCGCCGACGCGGACGGCCAGCGCGGCCCCGCCGACGACCCGCGCGCUGACGCGGACGGCCAGCGCGGCCCCGCCGACGACCCGCGCGCUGACGCGGACUGCCAGCGCACGGCCACGAACGAACCGCGCGCCACCGCGGACGGCCAGCGCGCGACCGUCGACGCCCCUGCGCUGACGCGGACGGCUGGCGCGCAGCCGCGGCUGAUCUGCCCGCCUGGUUAUACACUCCGCUCCGUCGUGUUCCAGGAGGAAGGCGGACUCCAGCCCAUCGCCCCUUCUGCCCCCACCGGACCUCCUCCUGAUGAGCCCGGACCUGAGCCCGAGCCCCCUGGUGAUCCUCCCUCCUUCGCACCGGAUGUCAACAAUCCUCAAAGCGUGGAAACUGCCAUCCGUGCCUACCGCAACACACUCAACGACCACCUUCGCCGUCAACUGCGCUAUGAGGACGACAAGCGCGCCUACGACGAGGCUGCUGCCCGUCACCGCGACUACCACGCCCAACUCACCACGUACACUACACGCCUCGCUAACUACACCUCCGACAUCGCUGCGUGGCGCAUUGCUGACUGUCGAGCUCUCUCCAUCCUCCUCGCCACUAUCCCCUCCUCCCUCAAGCGAGAACUCUCACCCACCUCCUCCUCCCACCUGUAG